UUCUUCGUCGCGUUUAUUCGUAAAGAAAAGGGAACAGUUACAAGUUUUCACUCUUUAGUCUUCACUUCCUCUCUCCCUUCCAUUUCCCACACAAAAUCAAACUUAAAAAUUAGGGUUUCCUUCCUUGCUUUCCAUGGCCUCUCACAACCAUCUCGAUGAUGAUGAUGAUUUUGGCGGUGAUUUUCCCGGGAGCCACAGUACUAGGCGUUCAGAUAAUAAGAGAAGCUUUGGAGAUCUUGAGGACGAUGAAGUUGAUAUUUUUAGCUCAAAGAAGGGUAAUACAAAGGUAGAAGAAACUGCAAUGAUUUUAUCUCUUCGUGAGAGUGUUGAAAAUUGUAAAAAUGCACUCACAACAUGCCAAACAGAGCUUGAAGCUGCGAAAUCUGAAAUUCAGAAGUGGCGCUUAGCAUUUGAGAAUGAAUCUUUCAUACCUGCUGGGGCAUCUCCUGAACCUAAACUUGUGAUCAAUUACCUUCAGACCGUGAAAUCCUCUGAGGAGUCUUUGAGAGAACAGCUAGAAAAAGCAAAGAAAAAAGAAGCUGCCUUCAUUGUAACAUUUGCAAAACGAGAGCAAGAGAUAGCAGAAUUAAAGUCUGCAGUUCGGGAUUUGAAAGCACAGCUCAAGCCACCAUCAAUGCAGGCAAGGAGAUUAUUGUUGGAUCCAGCAAUUCAUGAGGAAUUUACACGUUUAAAGAAUUUGGUUGAGGAGAAAGACAAAAAGGUAAAGGAACUGCAGGAUAAUAUUGCUGCUGUCAAUUUUACCCCACAAAGCAAGAUGGGGAAGAUGCUUAUGGCAAAAUGUAGAACCCUGCAAGAGGAAAAUGAGGAGAUUGGAAAUCAAGCUACUGAAGGAAAGAUGCACGAACUAGCAAUGAAACUUGCUUUGCAGAAAUCUCAAAAUGCAGAACUCAGGAGUCAAUUUGAAGGACUUCACAAACACAUGGAGGGCCUGACUAAUGACGUGGUGAAAUCAAAUGAAAUGGUUAUCAUAGCUUCCUUUUUCAUUUUGCUAGUACUUGUAUUGCAAGAGGAGCUAGAAGAGAAGGAUCUCGAACUUAAUAGGCUGAAGCUUGAACUCCAGCUGAAAAGCCUUGAGGCUGAAAAAGCUGAUUCAGCUCCUGAUAAUAUAGAUGGCGAUGACAUGAUCAAACGGGAAACUGAGAUAGAAUAGACAAAAACUUUCGGUAGAUUAUUAUCAUUUUUCCCCCGUCUCUGUACAUUAAACAUGCCUCUUAUUAGUUGAUCAUUCUUUUUUUAACAUUUUGUAUCCUGGGGAAUUACAUUUAAUGGCCCAGAUUGGGUCUGAAGGGUAAAAGUCGAUAAAUGACCUACAGGUUGAGAUCAUAAAAA